UGGAGAAAUUAGAGUCCCCCAUGUGCUAAGAAAUGGUUUUAUUCAGCAUGAACACAUUCAAGAAUUUUAAAAAUGGAUAAUUCCCUCUGAGAGUGAAACAUACUGGUGUUCAGUUUUAUAUUUGAUGUUUUCUGGGAAAUGAUGAAGCUUCAUCAUUGUUUGUUUCCUUUAGUUUCACACCACCGAUCUACAAAGUGGCAAGUAAUAGCUUGGAGUCUAGGGAUCUUGUGUGUGGUCCUGAUAAUAACACUGCGUGUCUUACUUGCAAACUUAUUUUCUGGCAGAGACGACCAGAACCAAAAAAUAUCAACUAUUCCCACUCUAUCUUCUAAAAAUGGUGAAUGUUCCUGUGACCUUUGUUCCUCUCACUGGAUUGGAUUUGGAAAUAGUUUUUACCAUCUUUCCAGUAAAGCCAGAACCUGGGUGGAAAGCCAUGCUGCCUGUGCAGAGCUGAAUUCCCACCUUCUAAAGACUGAUAAUAAGGAAGAGCUGGAAAUUUUAUCACUGCUAGAAGCAAAAGGAUGGAUAGGUCUUCAGAUCAAUGAUAGCAGUGAAUCCUGGUUAUGGGAAGAUGGCACCACAGUAAAUGAAAGCCUAUUAAAAUUGCUGAAAAUGGAUCAUGAUGGUUGUGCAUAUAUUGAAGGAAAUUAUGCUUAUGUUGCUAACUGUUCAUCUGGAAAAGCUUACAUCUGUGAGCUUACCAUAUAGCAGCUGAAUUUUGCUAAUACAUAUUUUUAGUGAAUUUUAAUUAAUUAAAAAGUACAAAAUA